AUGGAACUUAGAUUUCUGGUGAAUCAAGACAACUUUGAAAUAUUAGAUUUUAAGAAAUGGACAGACAUAGGAAAUAUGGAGGUAUUUCAGCCAGUGACGUUUUGUAAUAGACAUUAUAUAACUAACGAUAAAAAUGGCAUUUUAUUUAUGGCCACAUACCGUUUUAAAAACCCAGAGAACAUAAAAACUGAAGUUCUCACCCGCAAUAUCGACAUAAAAUCGGAGCAUUUACAAAUAAAUAGCUAUGAAGUCUCAAAUGAUAAAAAUUCAGAGUCUUAUGUAGAAUUUCUGAAAAGGUCCACAGCAGUCAACAAGAACUGUGAGCCGGCCAAACAUCAGGUAAAACACGAUCAAGGGAGCGAUCAAACAAGGUCUUUCCUAACAGGCCGUACAAACACAUUUGGAGGGGGAGGGGAGGUAUCAGUCUCUGGUAAAAUUCCGCUUCUUGUUAGAUUAGCUGGAAAAGUGAACCUGAAAUAUGACCAUAGUCGCCAAAAAUCUGAGACGACAACAAACGUGGAUAAGUUCACGCACUCUGUGAGUAUGGAGAUACAGGUUCCACCCAACCAUUCCUGUAGUAUUGACAUAACAAGCACCACAUUUACAGCUGAAGUCCCGUACAGCGCUGAACUCACCAGACAAUACAAGAACAAUGAGCAACGCACGACCACCAGCACUGGAAUCUACUAUCAUCAGGAAGUGACAGAACUCCAAACAAUCGUGAAUACCUGUACACCCGUGAAAGAUGGAAAGAAAUGUGGAAAUGAAUGA